AUGGCGGCGGAUCUGAACCUGGAGUGGAUCUGCUCCCUGCCCCGGUCCUGGACGUACGGGAUCACCAGGGGCGGCCGAGUCUUCUUCAUCAACGAGGAGGCCAAGAGCACCACCUGGCUGCACCCCGUCACCGGCGAGGCCGUGGUCACCGGACACCGGCGGCAGAGCACAGAUUUGCCUACUGGCUGGGAAGAAGCAUACACUUUUGAAGGUGCAAGAUACUAUAUAAAGUGA